AUGUCUUCAAACAAAUCAUCGCAAGCUCUUCGAACAGAAGUUUCCAAACUAGCCAGACUAUCCAAUAUCCAAGGUGGUCUGCCACCUCUUAUGAGAGGCCUACCAGUUCUGGCGAUCAUGGCUGGAGAGGCUAUCUUAAAGAUAACAAACACCACAAACAUGAUUGAAGAACGAAUGCUUGGAGCGGACGAGGUAUUCAUACUGCAAAGUCCUCAGGAAUCGACAACAAGUCCAGCUAAGAAUGAUUUUGGUCGACCAGGCGUAAAAUUGAUGUGCCAGAUAUGCGGGCAGAAGGCGGGCAAGAUCCAGAGGGUAGGAGUGCUUGACAUUUCACGGGCCCAUAGCUCUUUGACAGAAUAUCAUCAAAUGUCUGGGAAUGGGAACUCAAACAGUGAUGUAUGA